AUGAGUCAUACAAGCCGAAGUCAGUUGCCUACUCCUACUAAGAAGCCUAUUAUCGUUCGCAUUCGUGCGAUUGCCUCUAGUUCGUCUACCGCUAAUCUGUCAGUUAGGCCUAUUAGUUUGCCUAUUAAAGUUGAGAUAACACUUAACUGUCUAGUUCACGGUGAACAUAUAGAUAAUGGUUUCAUAGUUAAAAUAAAAGUAGAUGGAUCUGUUCAAGGACUUAAGGAGAUAAUUAAGAAUACGAACGAACCUAAUUUCGAUGCAUUUGCAAUAAGGCAACUCAAAAUAUGGAUCGUUGAUGUCCCUUUAGAAUCAGAAAACUUAGUUGACCCUAAUGUAGACAUUGCGACUACUCUUAAUGGCCGAAAAUUUAUUCUUUCAAACAAAGUCAGAGAUUUCUUUCGAAUGCAACCUGCUGAAGAUCAUGUACAAAUUAUUGUCCAGUUGCCUGUUACUGCCGCUUCCUUCGGAUUAAGCGGGACGACAGAUGUGGUUAUGGCAAAGAAAAGCAAUGCCGAUUGUCAUACUUUGGCUUCUGGAAUUCAAGUUGAAUUUGAAUUGAAGAAGAAAAUUCAAGAGUCUCACAUUUCUCAAGCCAUUGGACAGCUCUUCAUGGCAAAUAUUCGCUCAAACGAAGCUGUAUUCGUAGUCAUUACUGAUUUGGACGAUGAAUGGAUUUUUUUCUGGCUAGAAAAUCGAGAAAAUGGUUUUAAAAUUAUGCAGUUUCGAGCUGAUCGACAUGCUGCGAUCAUUAUUAUUAAACAUGCACUUGAAUUAAAUGAAGGUUCGCCACUUUCUUAUCGAAGAAAAUUUAUUAAUUUCCAGGAACAUGUGAAGAUAGGCGAUGUAGAUGGUGUAAGUAAUGUAGCGUCUGAGGAAGUGCCAUCUGAGGGAUCUGAAGGAGAGAUAGAGUUGUAUUUAAGUAGACCCCGAGUUUGA